CCGGGGGCACCCGCCUCGCCGGGGGCACCCGCCGCACCCGCCGCGGGGCCCGCAGGGAGAAGCUGGCGGAGCUGGGCCGCGCCGGCGGCGGCGCCGGUGCCGGCGGUGCCGGUGCCGGGAUGAUGCGGAGCCAGUGCCUGCUCGGGCUCCGCUCCUUCGUGGCCUUCGCCGCCAAGCUCUGGAGCUUCGUGCUGUACCUGCUCAGGAGGCAGGUCCGAACCGUGAUCCAGUACCAGACGGUGCGUUACGACGUCCUGCCCCUCUCCCCCAUCUCCAGGAACCGCCUCAACCAGGUGAAGAGGAAGAUCCUGGUGCUGGACCUGGAUGAGACCCUGAUCCACUCCCACCACGACGGGUGCUGCGGCUCCACUGCAGCGCUACCCCCCGACUUCAUCCUCAAGGUGGUGAUCGACAAACACCCCGUGAGGUUCUUCGUGCACAAACGGCCACACGUGGACUUCUUCCUCGAGGUGGUGAGCCAGUGGUACGAGCUGGUGGUGUUCACGGCCUCCAUGGAGAUUUACGGCUGUGCCGUGGCCGACAAGCUGGACAACAACCGCAGCAUCCUCAACCGCCGCUACUACCGCCAGCACUGCACUCUGGAGCUGGGCAGUUACAUCAAGGACCUGUCGGUCGUGCACAGCGACCUGUCCAGCAUCGUCAUCCUGGACAACUCCCCCGGCGCCUACAGGAGCCACCCAGACAACGCCAUCCCCAUCAAGUCGUGGUUCAGCGACCCCGGGGACACCGCCCUGCUCAACCUGCUGCCCAUGCUGGACGCCCUCAGGUUCACGGCCGACGUUCGCUCCGUCCUGAGCCGGAACCUCCACCAGCACCGGCUCUGGUGACCCCGGACCCCCCGGGACCCCCUGGACGGGAUGGGACCCCCUGGAUGGGACCCCCUGGACGGGAUGGGACCCCCUGGACGGGGACAGGACCCCCCACCAUGGGCCGGGACCCCCCCGGACCCCAAACCUCCAG